AUGGGUGGGCUUUUUGUGUUAUUGUUUGUGAUGUUCGCCACGGCGAUAGCAGACAGAAAACCGACGAUCGCGGAAAAACUCAAGGAAGACGCAGAUCUAUCACAGUUCCUGGCACUGCUGGAACGCAAUGUGGUGGCGAACAUGAGCCUCCAGUACCGACAGAUGACGCUCUUCGCGCCCACUAAUGCUGCAUUCCAGAAGUACAACGGCGAAAUGGAUGACUUUUUGGUUCUAUAUCACAUAUCAAACUUGGCAACUACGCUGUCAAAUCUGGACUAUUCUAUAUCAUCGGAGCUGGAUGGCAAUCCUCCCUUGUGGGUGACACGAAAACGGGACCCACAACAUGAUGACAUCUACGUCAAUAACGCUAAAGUCGACGUCUCGCGAUCAUAUCAGGCCACAAAUAGAAACGGCAAACGACAGGUUCUUCACGUGAUUGAUCAAGUGCUGCAGCCGCUCUUGCCCCAUGGGCCCAGUUCCAUUGGUUCGCCCGUUUACAACCCGAAUGCGUUCCAGUUUCUAGAACACUCGGAUGUCUUCGAUAUCAGCCAACACCGACUAAGAUCGUUCCGGCAAAAGGUAAAUCAACUGCAAAAGAAAGAGGUCUUUAACGCCGACGGCAGACAUACUUUCUUCAUCCCUGUAGAUGAAGGAUUUAAGCCAACAACGCGGUCGGACCUAAUCGAUGCGAAAGUGGUGGACGGUCACGUAAUCCCGCAACAAGUGCUCUUCACCCACGCCACUCCCGACAACAAAGAGUUCGAGAGCAUGGCCUUCAGUGACAACGUCAAAGUCAUCAUCUCCUUCAGCACUGCCAUGAAUGGGAAGGAGGAGCUCACUUACGUAAAGUCAAAUACCGUAGCCGGUGAUGCCAAACAUGCACGUGGUGUAGUUCUAGCGGAAAUCGUGCGAGCGAACAUCCCUGUCAAGAACGGAGUUGUACAUCUCAUACAGAGACCUCUUAUGGUGGUCGAUACCACUGUCGUUGAUUUCCUAAAGGAGAAAGAGGACGGACCGCUGUGUAAAUUUUACGAAGUGAUUAUGGACCUGGGACCAAACAAUCAGUUCCUUAACGAACUCAACUUGGCUAAAGAUAUAACGCUCUUCGCUCCAUCCAACGAUGCUUGGAAUGAUAACAGUGUUCAGAAUAUCCUCAGAAACCACCAGAAGCUACGAGAGAUAUUGAGCCUGCAUUUGAUUCGAGAACGCCUGCCUCUAGACGUCAUUAUACAGAACAAUAUGAAUCAGAUCUACCAAGCGCCGACAGCCUUACCGCGAAAGUAUCUGUACUUCAACGUUCUGAAUUCUGGGAACAAUCAGACCUUGACCGUGGAAGGUGGUGGUGUUAACGCAACAGUGACCCAGGCGAACAUAGCAGCUACGAACGGCUUUGUUCAUAUCAUUGAUAGAGUGCUGGGUGUUCCGUAUACAACAGUGUACGAGAAGAUGAAAACGGACCCUAUGCUGAAUGUAACAUACAAUUUGGGCAAACGACAAAUGUUCAACCAUCAGCUUAACGACUUGGAGCAUCGGUAUACCUACUUCGUUCCUCGCGACCACGCGUGGCUCAAGUUCCAAAUCAAACAUCCAUCUGCUUACAACGCACUUUUCAAGGAGGACUUUGGAUAUUAUACGAAACAGAUUCUGGAGAGGCACUUGAUCCGGGCAGGGCGCGCCUACACGAUCUCCGACUUGAAGUUGUUAGCCAACGAGACUCACCCCUUCGUGCUGCCCACAGCGCGGGACCCGCUUAGACUUAGGGUUAAAGAGUCUGACAAGAAUUAUUACGUGGAAUGGAACGGCCAUUGGAUCCACGUUUUCCGUCCGGACGUUGAGUGCACUAACGGCAUCAUACACGUACUAGAUGAACCGUUCGUACUAGAGAGCGACAUCAGGGCCACAGGAGACGCCCGCGCCACCUCGCAGAGCAUCGCCGUACUGUUCCUCUCAUUUCUCUUCGUCAGGAUCAUAGAAAACUAA